AUGGAUCUUGAUCAAGAGGUCUCCGCCAAGCGGGACUACAGCACGGCGAUCCUGGAGCCCAGCAAGAAGAGGUCGCCGAACCGCCUCGUCGUGGACGACGCCGAGGGCGGCGUGGCCGUCGACAGCUCGGCGGUGGCGCUGAGCCUCGCCACCAUGGAGGCGCUCAACCUGUUCGAGGGCGACGCGGUGACGCUCCGCGGCAAGCGCAGGCGCGAGACGGUGUGCUACGCGAGGAAGGACGACACGUGCCCGGACGGCAUGGCGCGGCUCAACCGCGUCGUCCGCGGCAACCUCCGGCUGCACCUCAGCGACCUCGUCACCGUCAACCCCUGCGCCAACAUCAAGCAGGCCACCAAGAUCGCCUGCAGCCCGUUCGAGGACUCAGUCGAAGGCAUCAGCGGCAACCUGUUUGAGGCCUACCUGACACCCUACUUCAAGGGCCAGCUGCGGCCGGUGCGCAAGGGCGAUCGCUUCAAGGUGCACGGCCACUUGCAUGCCGUGGAGUUCAAGAUCGUCGACACGGCCCCCGACGAGUUCGUCAUCGUCACGGACCAGACGGAGAUGUACCUCCAGGACCCCCUCAGGCGGGAGGAGGAGGAGAGGCUCGACGGCCCGGGCUACGACGACGUUGGCGGCGUCCGCAAGCAGCUCGCGCAGAUCCGCGAGAUGGUCGAGCUGCCGCUGCGCCACCCCAAGCUGUUCCACACGCUCGGCGUCAAGCCACCCAAGGGGAUCCUGCUCUACGGCCCGCCCGGCACCGGCAAGACGCUGCUCGCGCGCGCCAUCGCCUCCGAGUCCGGCGCCCACUUCCUCGUCGUCAACGGGCCGGAGAUCAUGUCCGCCAUGGCCGGCCAGAGCGAGGCCAACCUGCGCAAGGUUUUCGAGGAGGCCGAGGCCAAGUCGCCGUCCAUCAUCUUCAUGGACGAGAUCGACGCCAUCGCGCCCAACCGCGAGAAGACGCACGGCGAGGUGGAGCGCCGCAUCGUGUCGCAGCUGCUCACGCUCAUGGACGGCCUCCGCCAGCGCGCGCAGGUCAUGGUCAUCGGCGCCACCAACCGCCCCAACAGCCUCGACCCGGCGCUCCGCCGCUUCGGCCGCUUUGACAAGGAGAUUGACAUCGGCGUGCCCGACGAGGUCGGCCGCCUCGAGAUCCUCCGCAUCCACUCCAAGAACAUGCCCCUCGCGGAUGACGUCGACCUCGAGCGCAUCGGCAAGGACACGCACGGCUUCGUCGGCGCCGACCUCGCGGCGCUCUGCUCCGAGGCUGCCUUCCAGUGCAUCCGCCAGAAGAUGGACGUGAUCGAUCUUGAGGACGACACCAUCGACGUGGAGGUGCUCAACUCCAUGUCCAUCACCAUGGGCGACCUCAAGCACGCCAUGGAGGUGACCAAGCCCUCGGCGCUACGCGAGACCGGCCUGGUGGAGGUCCCCAAGGUGACGUGGGAGGACGUGGGCGGCCUGGAGGACGUCAAGCUGGAGCUCCAGGAGACGGUGCAGUACCCGGUGGAGCACCCGGAGAUGUUCGAGAUGUUCGGCAUGGAGCCGUCAAAGGGCGUGCUCUUCUACGGCCCGCCGGGCUGCGGCAAGACGCUUCUGGCCAAGGCCAUCGCCAGGGAGUGCAAUGCCAACUUCAUCAGCGUCAAGGGGCCCGAGCUGCUCACCAUGUGGUUCGGCGAGAGCGAGUCCAACGUCCGCGACCUGUUCGACAAGGCGCGCCAGUCGGCGCCCUGCGUCCUCUUCUUUGACGAGCUCGACUCGAUCGCCGUCAAGCGCGGGAACAACGUCGGAGACGCAGGCGGCACGUCGGACCGGGUGCUGAACCAGCUGCUGACGGAGAUGGACGGGAUCAACGCCAAGAAGACGGUGUUCGUCAUCGGGGCCACCAACAGGCCGGACAUCAUCGACCCGGCCCUGCUCCGGCCGGGGCGGCUCGACCAGCUCAUCUACAUCCCGCUCCCCGACGAGCCGUCGCGUUUGCAGAUCUUCAAGUCGUGCCUGCGCCGGACCCCUCUCUCUCGCCGCGUCAACCUCCCGGACCUGGCCCGCUCCACGGCCGGGUACAGCGGCGCAGACAUCACGGAGAUAUGCCAGCGCGCCUGCAAGCUCGCGAUACGCGAGGUCAUCCAGAAGAGCACCCUUGUUGGAAAGGCAUUGGCCAUGGCCGACGCGGAGAUGACCAGGAAGCACUUCUUGGGGGCUAUGAAGCACGCCAGGCGGAGCGUCAGCGAUCUAGACGUGCUGAAGUACGAGUACUUUGCUCAGAAGUUCAAGCAGGGUGGGAGCUUCGAAGAGCCGGCGCCACGGGUGCAGCAGGUGAAACCGCCGGAGGGGCAUCUGGAGCUGAAGGCCGCGGCGGAUGUCGACGCUACAUUGGACGAGGAGUCGCUUGAUAGAGCAGGUGUUCACCCCACGCCUGACGUCGUGCACCUCGUCCGCGCGACCAAGGAGGACGACGAGACGCGGACGACGGCGGAGUUCAGCUUCGCGCUCGAGGGAGCCGUGAAAGUCAAGUCCCAGAAGAUGAGGCACACGUUCGACCGUCAGAACCCUUACUGCCUGUUUGCUUACCUGCCACUGGAGGAGCCAAGCUCGACGUCGACGGACCGCCUCGUUGUUCGGUGCUGCGUCGAAGUUGGCCCUGCCAUAGUUCUGACACCCGUCCGGUGGCACGCUGUUACUAUCCCAACCACCGUGAUUCUGAACCCUGUCCCGCCGCCCUCCGAAUCAGUACUAACUCCUCUACUUAGCGCUAUGCAUGGUUGA